AGUUUUGCUGUACAUGUAAAGGUCAAGUAAAAAUGCAGACCAAUGCAGGAAUGAGUAAUGACAACCAUUAAUGAAUAUGAGUGGUGAGUUUAUGGACCGGUCACUACCCGGUUGAUAGCAGCAGUAGUUACUCAGCUGGAGCGUCAGUAGUCAGAUAACAGAUGUGCAGAGUUCAGCUGCCUUAGGACAAGCAUGGACACACUCACGGAGCUGUGAAGAGCAGAAGUGAGCAAACUGUGGAGCUGCAGUCGAGGCGGGGCGAUCGGUUGUCGACAGCAAAGAUUUUCUCUCUCUGCUCUGCCUCGUCUCCUACAUUCUCGCCAACAUGCCUCAAGCAUGACAAUAAACUGGUUUAGCUGGGUGACGGGGGAAAAAACAAUGUAACAGAAAACUCUUCGGCGAGUCCCACCUGGACGAGAGGCUCGACGCAGCUGUGGAGGAGGAAAACACGGUGAAGAGGACAAAAUGACUGGUUUAAAGUUUAACCGACGAGAAGCUUGACGAGUGAAUAUCAGUGAGGACAACAGUAUGGCACGUCGCUCUCAGUGUUCCUCUGCAGGGGAUAACCCCCUGGACCCCAACUACCUCCCUCCUCACUAUCGGGAAGAGUACCGCUUGGCUAUCGACGCACUGAUUGAGGAGGAUUUGGAAGGAUACUACAAAUUCCUCCAAAGAGUCGACGUGGUGGACUUCCUGUCCACACCUGAGAUUCAGUACAUUCAGAACUCCAUUCAGGUCCCUCAGCAGAGCCACCACCACCCUGAGCAACGUUCUCUGGAGCUCGGGGGUGAUGGCUCCUCGGAUACUUACUGGCCGAUUCACUCCGACCUGGACGUCCCAGGUUUGGACCUCGGCUGGCCUCAGCUGCAUCACUUCAUCGGGCCCACGGAGGUCACCACUCUGGUCAACCCCCCUGAGCCCGACAUGCCGAGUAUCAAGGAGCAGGCCCGACGACUCAUCAAGAAUGCUCAGCAGGUCAUUGCUGUAGUGAUGGAUAUGUUUACUGAUGUUGACAUGUUUGCGGACAUUCUCAACGCUGCAGCGAGGAGCGUCGCUGUCUACAUUCUUUUAGACGAGCAGAAUGCACAUCACUUUGUCAACAUGGUGUCCAACUGCAGGGUCAAUCUACAGAGCAUCCAAUUUUUACGUGUGAGAACAGUGUCUGGCAUCACGUAUCACUGCCGCUCAGGGAAAUCCUUCAAAGGUCAGAUGAUGGAUCGGUUCUUGUUGACAGACUGCAGGGCUGUGCUGAGUGGAAACUACAGCUUCAUGUGGUCUUUUGAGAAGCUCCACCGCUCCAUGGCUCACCUUUUCCUAGGACAGCUCGUAUCGACUUUUGACGAAGAGUUUCGGAUUCUCUUUGCUCAGUCCCAGCCACUGAUGAUUGAAAAUGUGCUUGCUCCAAUGGAAGAUUUAAGCCUUCUGUCAAAGAGGCAGUACCCAAGUGAAAGAACUUCACUGUUCAGGGAGCCCAGGAAAUUUCUAUCAAUGGACACCGGUCAUCCAGAGGACAUGGAUUGGAGAAUGAUGCCCCUUAAAAAGCAAGGAUCCCUGCACGGCCCUGCAGAUAUGUACGGUAGAUUUCCCCCCCAGCAGUCUCGCAUGGAUCCGUCUUUUGAGCAGGGCCCCUCCAGGAUGCUGGAAAAUCCUGCCUUUAAACGUCACAGUUACGCUGAAGGUGUUCAUGGUAGAUUCUCGUACCCGUUCCUGCAGCAACAGGGAAUGCCAGAGCCUGAGAACCAGGGACGGCAGUUUCACAGAGGGCAGCAGCCCUAUCCAGGGCCUGGACUAGGACCAGAAACAGAGUACAGUGGCUAUGACAGGUUCUGGAACCAAGGCUAUCAUUCAGCAGAUCCAUACUCUGAACCUGGUUUACCACAAGACAUGCAACCACCUGAAAACUUUGACCAUGUGUAUAACUAUUUAUCAUCUACCAGAAAUGUGGACUUUGACCAGAGCUCAGAGAAAGUACCACUUGCAGCAGAUUUACCAUUUAGUUCAUCUCAUCCAAGAAGACUGAGUUUAGGCCAGCCAUAUGCCUGUCAAACCUCUCCCACCCCCUCAAAUCCAACCGAACAAAAGCAGUUUUUCCAGGAGCCUCACACUGACCGCAAAGAUCCUACAGUGAAACGAGGGCUGAGAAACUGGAGGAUUAGCUCAUUCCUCAGUGCGCAUGAUAAUCCAGGAGAUGAAGGCCUGCCAUUGGUAACACCUCAGGCACCAGACGCUUUUGAAGAGCCCUUGAACCCCAUACCGCAAACAGCACCGGGAGUAGAUUUAACAUAUCCUAAAAUCCCCAAUGUCAGGGAGUUUAAGGUUCCUGCAAUACCCAGGGCAAGUCAGAUUCCAGGUUAUAUCAAAGCCACUGUACGAGAGCAACCAAAGAAAUUGCCUGAUGAACCUCCUGCAGUGACAACAGAAACUAAAACAACACCGACACCUUCAGAGUCGUCAUCCACAGCUGAAGGGGAAAAGGCAGAGGAAGCAGAAGAAAAAGAACAGAAAGAACCAAAAACCUCUGUUCUUCGCAGGGAGGAGUCGUUCCGUAGGAAUUACAAUCCUGCCGCUCCAAGGAGCUCCAGAUUAAGAUCUUCUCUGAUAUUCAGCUCUCUUGAGCAGCAGCAUGGCUCUCAAGAUAGCAAAACUGCCCCAGGCCAACAGGAUGAGGAAAGUGACAAAAAUGAGGCAGAACAGACGAAACUACCUUUUGUUUCACAGGUUCUAGGACAAAGGCGAUCUGCUGCAAGAGAGCCUUUUGAAUGGAACCGUUACAUGAAGUCAGCUUCAGCCACAGACGUGUACAAACCAGAUGAUGGAGAUAGUAAAGCAGAUGAUAAAGAUCUAUCAAAGGAAGAAAAUUCAAAGGAUCUUUCAGAAAACCGUGAGGGAAAGGAGUCAUUAAAACCGCCAGAUGUAGAGCAAAAUUUGUCACCAUCAGUGCCCAGAUCCAAGCCUCCUGAACAACCAGUGCAACCACCCAAGCCUUUGUUCACCACUUCAUAUGAUAUGAAUGAUCCUGAUAAGAGGCUCAUGUUUUUCAAAGAGUUGGCAGCGAAACGCAAGGCAGCUAAGGCUGCAGAAGCUGAAAAGAGCAAAGACAAGGCUCCAUUGAAACUGCCAACUGAUCUAAAAAACACCACUGCUAAAAAGGAGGAACCUGAAGGAAAGGAAGGUUCAGAAAAGAUGACCACUACUUCCCCAUCUAUGGGUUUAUCUGAAAAAAAUGUUACUGCAGGUGAUGCAGGGAAAACAGCGUCCACUGAAGAAUGCAAGUCAGUCAGUCUAUCUUUAGAUGCUGGUGAUAAGACAAACAAGCAGGACAGUCUUGUCAAAAAUGAGUCAAGUAUCCCCCAAAGUUGUAAAGAGGAACAAACUGGAGUUUCAACUGAUUCAGAGAAGAUAGAGCUGAAAAACAGCCAACCAGCAAUAUCUCUGCCUGUUACUGCAGAAACAGAAACUCCUUCAAGUGAACCUCCUGAGGAUCUAAAGCCGUCAAAACCUGCUGUAAAAGAGAGUAGCCCAAGUCAACCACCUGCACCAACAGGUGCUACUCCUGAUGUCCCUUCUCUUAUACAAGGUACUGAUGAAAGUGAAAGCCCAAGCCAUGAUCCCACCUCAAAGGAGUCCAGUUCGCUCAUUUCCAGUUCAGUGGAGGCACCACCAUCUUCUGCACCUGCUGCAUUGGAUUCUAACACCCAAAGUCCUGAAUCAGAAAUCAGCAUCUCCAAACCUGCCCUGCUGCCUGAACCACAGACUGGAUCAGAAUUGAGCUCUUCUAACCCAUCGGUUCAAAGCUCUGUCUCUGAUCACAUUCUGUCAGAUUCUGGUUCACAGGUCAGUCCAAGUCCUCCAACCUCUAGCUCUGCUGCUCUUUCCACUCCUGGAGAGACUUUAUCUUCUGAUGUUACCCCAGAAGACUCCAGCUCAACCCUGUCCUCCAGCAUAUUGUCUCCAAAUUCUGAUAAAACAGAAGCACAGGACUCACUACUUGAGUCCUCCCAAACAACUGACAAACCUUCUGCAGAAUCUGAGUCUACCCAGAUUGAUCCAGAUCCUAUUUCCCAGUUGACGUCAUCCGAGACCCCUUCAGCAGUCGACUCUGCACAUGUGGAAUCUGAUAUUUCUCCUGACAAAGGUGCUGAACCAAACACAUCCUCAUUACAGUCAACCACAAAUAUAAACUCUGAAGAAUCUUGUGCUCCUACACCUGUAUCAGAAAAUGAGUCUGUUCCCAAGGCUGUUGCAGAGGAAUCUGAGGUUCCUGGAUCAUCAGAGGAUGUUAAAGCUGAUAGCACACCUCCUAGUCCUAGCCCUUCAUCACCCAAGUCAGGUUUACCUAAUGUGUCUGAUCUGGAAAGUUCUACUUCCAAACCUGAUCAGAUUGAGACCAUUACUGUCCAACCCCAGCCUGAGCAUACCCAAUCAGAAACAUGCUCUCCUGUCAAUCCAGACGUUACUUCUAAUGCUUCACAGUCCCCAACAAAUGCAUCUCCACAAGAUGCACCAACACAAGCAACCCCUCCCCCUGAACUUAACCUUACUACAUCUGUCACUCCCACUCCUGUUGAAACUGUGUCAUGUUCCCCUCCUCUAACUGAGUCGGUUGGAUCAGUUUUGCCCCCUGAGGCUGAAAAAACAGAAAGAGACACGUCGACAUUGUGCAGCACCUCAGAUCCAACCCCUCCUCCUGAGGAGAUUACAACAGACUCAAACAAAACUCCAACGCUCCCAUCAACAGAAACUUCUAGUCCAACUGAGCCUACCUCAAAAAUCCCAACAGAGCCAGAGGCUAUACCUGAGUCUGUGACUUCUGAAAGCCUGCCUUCAGAGCCACCUGUACCUGCUGAAAAUAGUAAAGUAGACCAUCAGAGUGACGUAAUCAAAGAGCCAGAAUUGCCUGACUCUGGUGAGAAAAAAUCUGAUGAUACUGAGGCCACAAAUAAGGUCAAGAAAAGUGCUACGCAGGAAUCUGUCACAAAUAAAAAAACAAAUGACCAAGUAAGACAAAAUAACUGCACCGAACCAGCAGAGGUCGUACCGGAUGAAGUCGUUCCUCUGUCGCCGCAGACCAAGCAGCCGAAAACAGGCCCGUCCCGCUACCACUCAUCUACAGCCAACGUGCUCUCGUGCAGCAACCUCAGAGACGAUACAAAGCUGCUUCUAGAGCAGAUUUCCGCCAACAGCCAGAGCAGGAACGAGGCUACCAAAGAGUCUCCCGUCACCGAUGACGAGAAGGAGGACGAGGCUGACAAAAACGCCAAAAGGGAGAAAGAGAGAGGGCUCAAGACAUUUGGCAGAGGGCCGCCCAAGUCGACGCAGGAGAAGGAGAAGCUGCUGGAGAGGAUCCAGAGCAUGAGGAAGGAGAGGAAAGUUUACAGUCGAUUUGAGAUGGCACCUUAGCUGGUAUCCAAAGAAAGUUGAGAGAAUGAACAGUAAGUGUAGAAAAAAGGUGAAAAGGUUUGAGUGAUGAGCAAAGACAUGAGCUACAGAAGGUGAAACUAAUAAAGGAAUACAAAACUGUCCCGAUUACAUGUGCCAUGUGCAACAAAGGGAUUCUUACUGUGGGUGAAUCUACCAGCGUAAUGGACUGAGAAUACAUGUAAAUGAUCAAAUAUGUUUUUACUGACUGUAUGGGUAAAGUGCAAUGUGUGCAACAGAUGUUUUUCUAUGAUGAUGCCUGUCCUUGCCUUAUUUUUAAAGCACUGACAGCCAUCAAAUUCAUGUCAGCUGUGUUUUCAUUUAGACAAAAUGUGAUGAGAUGAUCUUAAGUAGUCUGUCAAACUGUAACAUACUGUAGUUUGUAUUAUAGUAUUUCACAAUCAUGUUAAACAAGACGUUGAUUAUUGCAUAUACAUGUAUUCGUGAAGCAGGUCCAGAAAAGGCUGUUAUUGUUCUGAUGUAAAUAAACUGUAACUUUAAUUCUUUGUGAUCUGAAAAAUGACGAACAAACCUGAAAUUGAAACAGCUUAAACACGAUAUACCUACAAUAUUACUGUGUAAAUCAUCGCACACCAUAGAGUAUGUGAUGUUUUUGUCUUUGUUUCUGUUGAAAAUUAGGUUGAAUGUCACUGAUUCAAGCUGCCGCUUAUUGUCUUAAAGGGUCAGUUCACCCAAAUCACCCAAAGUAUUUUUACAGAGUGAAGUAAAACAUUUUUACUUAGAUUAGUAAAACAAACAUGCAUGUAAGAAAUAGAUAUUUCAUAAUGUGCUGCAACCAACCCUCUAAUUGUCUCUGAAAAUUCACCUGCCCUGUCAUUUUUUAAAUGUAAACUUGUCAUACUUGUAUAUUGAAACAACAGUAUGUAGACUUGUGCUCUGAACGUUACACUUUUUAUAAUGGAUUUAUGUCUUCAGCAGGAUUUGCCAUUUGUAAAUAAAAUGCCUUAAAAAUGUAUCACAA